AUGCACACGCGUCGCAUACAAACAUAUUUCAUUUUGCUCAACAUAUUGGCAACACUGUCACAGCACACGCCGCGCCAGCAGUACCAACAAAUUGCGUCAAUUAUUGUGUCAGCAACAUCAAUGGCACGCGACACAACAGCAACAACACACGUUUUAAGAGAUUUUACUAACGUAAGAGCUACUAAACCAACAACAACAACAGCAGUAGCAGAAGCUGUGGCAAGGACAACAUCCGCAUCCGCUUUUGUUGAUGAAGUGUUGCCGCAUAAUGACAGUGUUGCCACUACAACAAUAUUGCAUGCAAAAGCCAUUGACAGCAAUGGUAACAGCAACAAUAACUACAACAACAGCGAAGACUUUGCCCAGCUGAUAGAGCGCAAAUUGCAGGAAGAGCACAAGGCGGCACUGGCAUCCGCUUCGUCAACGGUGAAUGCAGCUGCUGCGCCGGACCGUUUACUCUCGCGCAAACGUCGUUAUUUGAUCUUUCCGGAGGGCAGCUCAUUUCAAUUGGUUUAUGAUGGUAUCUAUGGCGUUGCGGAUUACACCAACUACCUUAUUCUCGGCAUAACCGUUGCCUUGGCUUGGGAAUUACCCAGUAAGCCACAAGGAGACGUUAUCGAAGAAAUCGCCACCCGUUUGAGAGAACCCGCAAACGACUUGCGGCGGAACGACACCGAAUCACGCAUUACUUAUGUGGAGACGAAAACGCAUUCAGCACAAACAACAAAACAACAAACGUUGCAACCGGCAAAGAGUCUACAACCAAACUACAUCAAUCUCAUGACAUUGACAAAUCCGGCUGCAAGAAAGAGUGACGACUCCAAAUAUUACUACGCGAAAGCUACGGCCCGACUGCCGCCAGCUUUUCAGGCGCCAAUGCAUCCGAAAUAUUAUUAUUAUAAGGGCAGCAAUAAAUAUGAUUACAAUAACAAGAAAAAUCAUAUGUUGCGACGUCCUACAGACAGUUACUACCGCACACAAGCGUCACGACGACCAGUUGGCGGUUAUUAUCGGCAACAGCCGAACGAUUGGCGGCGCAAGGACCAACACUACUAUGGUGGCGGCAAUAAAAACAAGUUACACAAGAGCAACAACAAGAAUAAUAACUUAAGAACGCUGAAAGUGCAUCCUUUCAACAAGUGGACGCCACAACCACAACAACAGCGUGUCUCUUCAAUCUAUAGUAACAGGCCUCAGGCGCAGAACGGGAGCAACCAAUAUCCCUGGUGGAAUCUGGGAUCGAGACUAUCGCAUUCAUUGCGUAGAAAACCAAUUCCCUCAAGACGUAUUGACAGUGGCACCAGUCAGCCAAAGCACCAACGACAACAAAAGCAACAACAAGGAACAGCUAAGCAACAACAACAAAAGCAAGCGCAACAAAAGCAAAAACAAGCCGCAUCCGGAUUUUAUCAACAGCCACCUGCCACAGCACGGAAACAUCGAAUUUAUCCGGUUUUCGGUAAGCGCAGCAUAGCAGAUGAGCCUGCAACGGCACAGACAGCUGCAGCAAUGCACAUUAACAACAAAAACAACAACAACAUAAGCAGCAACAAAACUUCGCAUAGCACAAAUCAUAGCGAAGAGCAAGAGUCAACGCCACAUCGUCGCUAUCGUCGCAGCGGCAUCGCCGGCAACGAGUUGAGUCGCAUGGAGCGCAUACAUGUACGCCAUCAUCGGCGAACACGGCAAACGCUCUACGAGAAGAUUGAAAAGUAUCUGGACAAACUUGAAAUACCAAACAGCCAUCACUGCAUUUUGCGCGCUCUCUGCGAGACUGGACAAAAAUCUAAUGAGCGCACACCCGGCACUUUUGUUGGUGAACUAAUGCGCGCGCUUUUUACAAUACCCGAAGCUUUGGAUGAGGACAUAAUGGAGAAUCGAAUACAUUACAAAGAUAAACGCAAAAACCAUUAUCAUUAUGAAUGCUGA